AUGUCUUACUCAACUACGGAACCUUUGAGCCUGACACAUCAUUUCUCAAGGGCCUCGAAAACUAGGAGACCAAACCCACUGAAAGAAUACUACAAAUAUCUUUUCGUACCUGGAAUGUGCAACUUUUCUGGAGGCUUGCCCCAUCCAGACAUUUUUCCUUUCGAGGCGUUGGAUCUCUCACUUAAUCAGCCGCUAAGAAAUCCUAUUUUGAACCACAAGGAAACGGAUCAUCCAUCUGGUAAUUACCCAGAUAUUCGUGUUCGCAUACCGCGACGUGUCGGAGAGGAUCAUCCGGGGCACAAGGUGGACUUGAGCACUGCCCUCCAAUAUGGGAGCGCUCAGGGGUACACACCUCUCUAUACGUGGUUACGAAAGCUAGUCAACUUGACGUAUCAUCCAAAUAUCCCAUAUCAAGGAGGCGCUGAUGUCAUUAUCGACGGUGGCUCGGCGGAUGGGCUCUCGAAGGUGUUUGAGCUUCUGUUCAACCCCUGGAAUCAAGACUUGGACGACAUCCAAAAUCGGGAGGGCUUGAUAGUGGAAGACUUUGUGUAUGGGCCACCACUUUCACAGAUUAGACCAAAAAACGUCAACAUCGUUCCGGUCACGAUGGAUGCCGAGGGCAUGCUGGCGCACGGCGCUGGUAGCCUGUCUGACGUUCUGCAGAAUUGGGAUUUUUCAAAGGGAAAGAGACCCCAUGUUGUGUAUACCAUCCCUACAGGUCAAAACCCCACUUCAGGGGUGCUAUCAUUCGAACGACGCAAGGAGAUAUAUGCAGUUUGUUCGAAAUUCGAUCUCGUACUCAUAGAGGAUGACCCAUAUUGGAAUCUCUUCUACCCCUCUACUCCGUCCAUCUCCAAGCAAUAUCGUGGAUUGUCUGCGCCGACGAAUUUUCCCACCAACACAUCCCAUAAUUACUGUACCGAAUCUUUAGAAGGUCGAUCAACAGGGUACCGAUUCCUUGACGAGCUGAUUCCUAGCUUCCUGAGCUUGGAUAAAGAUGGACGCGUAAUACGGCUUGAUUCAUUUUCGAAGUCUAUUGCGCCAGGCUGCAGGCUGGGAUGGAUCACAGCUCAGCCGAGCGUGUGUGAACAACUUUUCAAGAUCACUGAUGAUACCACACAACAGCCUUCCGGCUUUGUGCAAGCUAUUAUCACGAGGCUGAUCGGAGAGCUCGGCAGCACUGGCAAUGUAUCUACUGCUUGGGGCCUCGAAGGAUGGGUUCGUUGGUUAGAGGGUCUCCGCUCUGCUUACGAACGUCGUAUGAUCAAACUAGCGACAGCGCUUGAGCGGAAUAAGGUCGUCACAUCCGCGACAGGUCAGACCAAGAUGUUUGAUUUUCAAUGGCCCAUGGGUGGCAUGUUCUUGUGGGUCGAAGUCAACAUCUUCAGUCAUCCUCUUGUAUCGACGGUUGGCCCGAAACGACUCAUGCGGGCGUUGUGGAUCCGCUGCACCCAGCAUCCCUAUAGAAUUCUGACAGUCCCUGGAGGAGAUUUUGCGGCUACAGAGUCGGUAAAGGGGACUCGUGGAUUUUUGUUUUUGCGUUUCUGUUUUGCAGCCGUUGAGGAGGAUUUAUUGGAAGCCAAAGCGCAGUCCUUCGCGGAAGCAUGCCGGGAAUUCUGGUCUAUCCAGAGCUCCAACGAUAUCGACGAGAUUAUGAGAGAUGAGGAUGCCUUGGAGUCAAGCCACAGGGAAGAUGCUGCAUAG